UGCAAGUAGGUUUCCCAGGUAUAAGAGGAGCGUCAGAGGAGAGCAGCCCUGGGAAUGUGUUAUUGAAGGACGCGUUGUUGUGAAUAAGAUUUAUUGAAAGAAAACUAGCGGAAAAUGCGGCAUGCUGAAGUGAUGUGUGGACUCUCCCCCGCCCUCGGCUCGGCUGCACUUCGGUGGUGUGUGUGAGAAGGACCCAGCUCUCCAUCUGCGAGGUGAAUGUUGACGAUACCAUUGAAAUGUUGCCCAAAUCAAGACGAGCGCUGACCAUACAGGAGAUAGCGGCGUUAGCGAGGUCUUCUCUGCACGGCAUCUCCCAGGUAGUGAAAGACCAUGUGACCAAGCCCACCGCCAUGGCCCAGGGCCGCGUAGCUCACCUGAUUGAGUGGAAGGGCUGGUGUAAGCCUAUGGACACUCCGGCGCUAGAGUCCGACUUCAACUCCUACUCUGACCUAAGUGAAGGGGAGCAGGAGGCCCGCUUCGCAGCAGGUGUGGCGGAGCAGUUUGCCAUCGCAGAGGCUAAGCUGAGGGCCUGGUCUUCUGUCGACGGGGAUGAGUCCAACGAUGACUCAUACGAUGAAGAUUUUCUGCCUGCCAACGAGCCCUCCACACAGAGCACAGACGUGCCGUCGUACCCUCCGUACCUGAAGGACUUGAUCCACAGUCAGAUCUGUCAGCAGUUGGGCGUGCGGGGGCCAUGCUGUGAGGGGACCGGGGGCGAGGGGGGCAGUGGGGAGCCCUCCCCCACAGCGGGCUCUCCAGAUACACUGUGCUCCAGCCUCUGUAGUUUGGACGAGCACCACCCGCUGCUCCGAGACCUGGGGAGUAGCCGCGGUAACCACUCCCACGGCAAUGCUGCCGAACUGGCUGCUAAGAUCCUGUCCGCACUACAGGGGGGUGAAGAGCUCCUGUCCCGCCUUCAGAGGGCGGGGCACAACUGCGGAGGUGGGCGGGGCCUGAGAGCACGAGGAGGACAGGACUCUCCUUUCUCUGUGUCCUACUCAGAAACGUACCUGUCUCCUGGAGAAGAUGACGACAGCCCCUGUAAAGACUAUGAGAACACAGUGUGUCCCACAGAGACAGACGGAGGCAGAGCAGGGGACAGUCCCGCUGAGUAUGCCCUGCGCCGAAGGGUGUCAGACGUGGCCUCCUCUGGAGUGGUGUCUCUAGAUGAGGAGGAAGAGGAGGAGGAAGAGGAGCGUGUGGGAAACCCAAACAGCCAAUGAGAGUCCAGCUCUAAACUGUGACUCAAACAAAGAGGUGUAGAGACAUUUGAACAUUGUGCAUGUUUAACUUCAGAGUGAACGUAACUCAUCCGUCUUUGCCUUACUUGGAACAUUUCCACUUCCUGAUUGGUACCUGCUUUGUCCAUACUGACGUCAGUUAUAUUUUUCUUCAAAGCGUCCAAACAAUCUUUUUUAUCAAUGUGAAACAAGAACACUGGCCUCUUUCAAGUCCAGUGACUUGCUCGUAGUCUUAGUACGGCAAUGAUAGGUUUUUGUGCCUAUUCUCAAAGACUCCCAAAGUGAGGCGCCCCCUGGAGGCCGACUGAAGGACUGAACCGUAAACUCUGACUUCUCUUUGCAUGUGUUUUGCAAGUGCAAAUGAUGGGCUGACCCAGUCUUAAGCACGAUUUGUAUCAUGUCCUAGUGUGCCCCGGGAGAGGAGCAGGCGACAAAGCAUCCUGGAGCCUGCAGCCUCUCCCUGCCCGACUCCUGCAAGAGAAAAGUGCAUCCUUUUGGCAUGGCUUGCUGUAUGCCAAAUUUGUCACCUGUCACUUCUAAUUAUGAGCUAAUGCUGGAAUGUGUUCAAGUGACAGGGUAUAGUAUGUAUUUUAAAUAUAAAACUCUAAACGAUUUCUCAUAAAUUGAACAAUGGAAAAGAAUAUGCUUUUAUUGUACUAGUUUUCUAUCACUGACAUGUUGACAUUAUUCAGAACCACUGAUUAUCGACUGGCGGAUGUCUAAACCACUCUCGCAGCAGCCAUGGCGACGCAAACAAACACAGAAUGUCCCUGAAGUGGUCUUUAGUGAGGUUUGACGGCGCACGAUGUGAAAGACUUUUCUGUGAACGCAGCGUUGGAGAUUUUCUAUAUUUUUGUAUGCGUCGUCUUGCUUUGAUCUCUUGCCUCUCUGGCGUGCCAGUGUAUGUGGUUUUUGCACGAAGCUAAUGUGGCUGUAGAUUUCUCCUUCUCUUCAUUAUCACUGUGUGAUAUUGUCUACUGAGAAAAAUGUGAAUAAGUUUUGAUUUUUUUAUUUCAAAAGAGGAUACUGUGAUGCCAUCUGUCAUAAUGCUGUCUUCAUCAGACUCCUGAAAAGCUUUGCCUUUUAUUCUACACAUUUGGUUUGGAGCAUGUUUAUAAGCAGAGGUGGGGAGAAGUGGGUUAAUGAAUCUCUUUGAA